AUGUCCCGAAAAUUCACCUCUAUUUUAUCCCGCGUGGAUAACAACGUCGAACUUAUACUGCAAAAGUUCCAUGACAUUGUCGAGCUUUCGUCCAUUCAGGAAAAAUCCCAAGAGACACACGCCAUCGAGGCACUACAAAUUGAGUCGAAUGCGGCCACGAUAGUGCGGCUCACGGAGGAGCUGUUAGCCAUUACACGACAGCUCAAGGAGGCAUGGAUACUGGGACAGGUGCCGGAGUCGGCCGAGUGGCAACAGGACGAGAAGCUUUUGCAGGCAAAGGUCAACCGUCUACUCGACAUUGUUAGCACGGCAAAAUAA